UUGCCGCAGCCGCAGCUUCGCACCGAGCCCCGCCGCACCGAGCGCCGGCAGAGCCCGGACCCGCCGCCGCAGCAUGCGUGAGUGCAUCUCAGUCCAUGUCGGCCAGGCCGGCGUCCAGAUGGGCAAUACCUGCUGGGAGCUGUACUGCCUGGAGCACGGCAUCCAGCCCGACGGGCAGAUGCCCAGUGACAAAACCAUCGGUGGAGGGGACGACUCCUUCACCACCUUCUUCUGCGAGACUGGUGCAGGGAAGCAUGUCCCGCGUGCCAUCUUUGUGGACCUGGAGCCCACCGUGAUCGACGAGGUUCGGGCUGGAAUCUACCGCCAGCUCUUCCACCCAGAGCAGCUGAUCACGGGCAAGGAAGAUGCUGCCAACAACUACGCCCGUGGGCACUACACUAUUGGCAAAGAGAUCAUCGACCAAGUGCUGGACAGGAUCCGGAAGCUGGCUGACCAGUGCACAGGUCUCCAGGGCUUCCUGGUGUUUCACAGCUUUGGAGGUGGUACCGGCUCUGGAUUCACCUCCCUGUUGAUGGAACGACUCUCCGUUGACUAUGGCAAGAAGUCCAAGCUCGAGUUCUCCAUCUACCCAGCACCCCAGGUCUCCACCGCAGUUGUGGAGCCCUACAACUCCAUCCUCACCACCCACACCACCCUUGAGCACUCGGACUGUGCCUUCAUGGUGGACAACGAGGCCAUCUAUGACAUCUGCCGCAGGAACCUCGACAUUGAGCGUCCCACCUACACCAACCUCAACCGCCUCAUUAGCCAGAUAGUGUCAUCCAUCACCGCAUCACUGCGGUUUGAUGGUGCCCUGAAUGUGGACCUGACUGAAUUCCAGACCAACCUGGUGCCCUAUCCCCGCAUCCACUUCCCACUGGCCACCUACGCCCCCGUCAUCUCAGCAGAGAAGGCCUACCACGAGCAGCUGUCAGUGGCCGAGAUCACCAACUCCUGCUUUGAGCCGGCCAACCAGAUGGUGAAGUGUGACCCUCGUCACGGCAAGUACAUGGCCUGCUGCCUGCUGUACCGUGGGGACGUGGUGCCCAAGGAUGUCAACGCUGCCAUCGCCACCAUCAAGACCAAGCGCAGCAUCCAGUUUGUGGACUGGUGCCCCACGGGCUUCAAGGUGGGCAUCAACUACCAGCCGCCCACGGUGGUGCCGGGGGGGGACCUGGCCAAGGUGCAGCGGGCUGUCUGCAUGCUGAGCAACACCACGGCCAUCGCCGAGGCCUGGGCUCGCCUCGACCACAAGUUCGACCUGAUGUACGCCAAGCGAGCCUUUGUGCACUGGUACGUGGGAGAGGGCAUGGAGGAAGGGGAGUUCUCCGAGGCGCGGGAAGACAUGGCUGCGCUGGAGAAGGAUUACGAGGAGGUGGGCCUGGACUCCUAUGAGGACGAAGAGGAGGGCGAGGAGUAGAGAUGCCCCGGCCAAAGGACCUUCCUCCUUUUCCUGUGUUAACUGCACAGAUCCUUGGCAAUAAACAGUUUCAGAGUCUCCUUGUCCCCCACUAACCCCCAAGCUCUAUUGGUUUCUUGCCAGGUCAGGCAUGUGGUGAGUGCUUCAGCUCUGCUGCUGUUGCUGCUAUGCUUCCUCCUAGUGCUCUCUGCUCCAGCUCUGGCUUGCUCUCUGCACAGGUAAGAGCCCCUGGGCCCAUUCCCAGGGCACCCAUGGCUACAGCACAUGUCCCAUGCUGCUCCCUAGUCCAGGCAGGGGUGGGCACUGCUUCUCUGUGUGGUAGAGGUUACAUGUCUGCUCUGUAUCCUGGAGCCCACAGCAGCAGAUGUGGCCUGAGCAGCAAAAAAUCUGCAGCAGCCGGGAGUCCCCCCUGGACGCAGUGUCAGGGGGAGGCGAGCUUUGCUGGAAGGAGAGUGCUUGAAGGUGGGGGGAGCAGCCUGGCCCCUCUGCCCCUGCCUCUGGGGCUCAGCACUGGGGGCAUGGGGCAUGUCAGGCCUCUGCGGUGCGUUGGGAGGCACCCUGGACACGGCAUCCAGCACGGCGUGGAUCGUGGUGUCUGCUUUACUGCUGUGUUGCGGUGAGAGGAUUAAACGAGGGGAACGCUCCCUGUGAAACCA